AUGGAGAGACUCCUGGAGCAGUGGGAGGAGGACGAGGAGCCCCUGGAGCCGGACGAGCUACCCGAGCAUUUGCGACCGCAGGCGCCGAUAGAUCUGAGCAAACUGGACGUCAACAAUCCUGAGGAGAUGGUGAGGGAGUCCAAGAAAGGACGCACUGUGAUGGCUUUCGUGCAAGUCGCUGGAAGCCCCUCACGUGCCGACGCCGAAACUGUAACCAAGAUCUGGCAAUCGAGUCUCUGGAAUAACCACAUCCAGGCUGAGAGGUACAUGAUUGAAGAUGCGCGUGCAAUCUUCAUGUUUAAAGACGGCGCUCAGGCUUGGAAGGCCAAGGAUUUCCUCGUAGAGCAGGACAACUGCGAGAGUGUGACGAUAGAGAGCAAAAAGUAUCCGGGAAAAGGUGCAAAAGAGGACGCCAAGGAGGAAUUAUAG